GCCAAAGCGAGGCAAAGUUGGUUAUUCGGAGAAAGAAAAGGCUGAAUCAAUGCGACGCCUCAUAACCUUCUCUCCACUCUCAAACUUCACUCUCUCUCUCUCAUCUCCCACAAAUCUCUCCCUUCCUCCAUCCGUUCUCCGUUUCUCCUCUCUCUCUUCUUCGCUUCAAUUGGGUUCCUCUGCAUUUGGGUUUUCUUUUCUUCUCCCAAAUUCCUCUGCGCCAUUGCCAAUCAGGGCCCGUCGGAGGCCUCUCCACCUCUUCUCUCCGGCCGGCCGUCUCUAUGAGCUUUUCGUCUUCCACCACUUGGGACAUCUUCGACGCAGUAAUCUUUAGACUACAUCUGACCGGGAAACUGGAGAGUGGUGCCUGACGACAUAAUUCAGAUAUCUUCAAUCUAUGGAAUCUGGGCAAAAGAUAGAGGCCGGUGAAUCAAAGACACAUCCCAUCAGCAGUACGGGCGAAGUUGGUCUCCCUAUUUCAAGCAAAAAGUUAGUCUCCUCCUUAUCCUCUGCAUCUGAUUCCUCCUCUGACAGCUCCUUUGAACUGAUUUUAAAUGAUUCCAGUGAGUUCCCUGGUGGAACAAGUGACCCUUUGAAAACAAAAGAGUUGAAUGUUGCAGGACACUCGGAGUCUGAAUUUGAGUUUAUUAGUAGUGAUGAUAUAGAGACUCGUUCUGCAGCUAAUCUUCCCAGUGCAGCCAAGACAUCAAGCCGCUCAUUAUCACGGUCAUCAUCAUCAUCAUCCGCAUCUGAAUCUUCUCUGUGCGAUCAUGUGAUUGAGCUCCCAAAGCCUGAAAAGAACAAGGAUUCAAAGGUUAUGGAGGCAGAUUUAAGUAAAAGUCUGCAAACUUCUUCCUCGUCGUCGUCCUCAUCAUCUGAGUCUGAAGCUAAACGUAAAAUUAAACUUCAACAGGGUGGAGUGUCAAACAAUCCCAGCUCUCCAAGCAUGGACAAGGACAACAGGUUGGUCGAGGAUUUCAGUGAUGAUGAUGUUCCCAUCAGCUCCAUGGCCAGCAAUGGGCAAUCACCAGCAGCUCCAACGAAUAGGAUAGACUUGAGCGCAGGCAGUGAGGCAGCAACUCAAUAUCCUCAAACUCAACUGAUGGAGAGAGUUGAUGAUCCGAAUUCCCCUUCGUAUAGAAUUCCAUCUCAUGUCUUUUCCAGAACUAAAUCUAAAUCAGCUAUGGAAUGGAGCGUUGCUUCAAAUGAAUCAUUGUUCAGCAUUCAUAUGGGAAACAUGAGUUUUACCAGAGAACAAUUGUGUUGGCUGGGAAAAUCGGGUGAGCUAUAUAGGCCUGGUGAAACGGCCAUGUCUCCAUUAAUUGACUUGCCGAGUCACGACCAGCCCUUGACUAUUAAACCUUCUGAUGGUGGAUUGAAAGGCACCCAUCCGAAUGGUGAUUUAGCAGCAAAUGAAGCACAAGCUGCAGAAACAAUGAGGGAGGUUAUAAGGGAAAAUUCAGAAAACCAUCGCAAGGAGAGUGCGACUCUUACAGAGUCGUCAUCUCAGUCCGCCAGCCUUUCUCAUCAAUCAGAAGGCAGUACAAAAUCUUUCCAGUUUCCAAUAUUGACAGGAGAUGGAGGAAAGAGCAUUUCAUUCAAGGGAGGAGAUCCCGAGAAGGCGAAGCAAGAGACGAAGCUAGAAUCGCCACAGCCUGCUGCUUCAAGCUCAGAGACACCAAAAGAAUCAAGUACAAGCGAAUCCCCAAAAGCAGCUGCAAAUGCUCCAAAGAGAUGGUUUUCUUGCUUUUCUUGCUGCCCGUUCUGUAGUUGAAAGUGUACAGGUUCAUCAAAUAUGACGUUGCCCCCUCUUCUUAUGUAAUUAGGAUAUGUCAACAGGAUAGUUUGCACAGUUAGUUCUGUUAACAUCACAAAUUUUGUUUUGGUAGGCACAGUUUUUCUCGAUUCUUGGAUGGAUAACUGGUUAAACGAACUUUGGACUCGAAUUCUACACUAUCAUUUGUGUGAUAUUGACAAUUUUAUUGGUGCUGAUGCUGAUGAAAUGAAGAAACGGUUCAAAGAAGGUAACACUGAUCCUGUCUCGAAUCAAAUAUGCUUUUCAUUUUCUAUGGAUUUCUCUCUGGUGAAGCAUGAGAAUCAUACCAAUUAUAUCGUUUUGAUUGACUUGAUAUAAUUAAUACCCAGUUGAGUUCUUUGUUGUUUAAUCUGCUGCUUGUGCAUUUGUGUGGCUGUUGAACCAAUGUAGAUGGCUUCCAGUUUGAUCAGAUUGGUGCGUAGUCUGAAAUGAGCAGAAGCGUGCUAAUCCGGCGACGGCUCAUGGAUGGGCCGUCGGUGCAUUUCUCGUAGGCUUACACAAAGGGAUCCCUCUCCUUCAAAGCUCAAACUAUGGCAUUACCAGCACCCCAAAGAUCCGACGUCCGAAUAAGAGAUCCUCGUGCCAUAGUUGCCGGAAUACUUACAACUCUCCGAUCGGCAGUUUCUCGAGCAAGCUUGUGCUAGGGUUCGGAUUCGAUUGCAAUUUCGGAAAGCUGGACCCAAGAAAAUGGCACGUUCGUCGGCUGAAAUGUUCGAAUUCGAAAUCUUUAGAGUUAGCCAUGGCGAUUGAAAAAUCAGGACGAAUUCGGGGUGCACAAUCAUGUCGGGCUAUUCCAGAGGAGAUUAUUAAUUGGUGCUAAUUAACAAGAUAUCCAUAUUAAUAAUCGGCAGCUCCGAUCGAGCUUUCAAAUGUACACAAAUUUCUUGUUAGAUGAUUGAUGAACUAAUUUUAACUAAC